AUGAGCCAUCCCUUGGGCGAUGACACAGCAUCCGGUCCCCCUCCGACACCGCCGUUUGCCCCCAAAGGAGCAUGCCCCUCAAGCAUGUUCGGAGGCCUGGAAAAGAGUCUGUCCGAUGUCCGGCUGUGUAUCUCCCAGCAUCUUGGCCUCAUCCGCGCCAGUCUGCAUAAUGGAAAACCCGCUGCUUCCGGGGGAUGGCGGCCCGUUGCCCUGCGUCCCGCAUACCUCUGUUGGAUCGCGGCGAUCAUGUUUGCGAUGCUGAUCACGCUCGAGAUACUUCGCCGCUAUAGCGAUCAAUAUGGAGGUCUUUACUUUUUUCCAGACACCGAUACCGUGUCUGACGCCCAGUCGUUCGCCUACAACUAUCUUCCUAUCAUUGCUGCCCUCAUUCUUGUCACCCUGUGGACCUUCAUCGAUUAUGAUGUUCUGCGCCUCGAGCCAUACUUCCAGAUUUCUCGCCCGGAGGGAGCGCCGGCAUCGGUUCUUUUCAUCAACUACAACUUCGGCCAGUCUUUUCUUACGCCGCUCACCUCAGCCAAACGAGGCCAUUGGGUCGUAUUGCUCGUGUCUGUCGCUACUCUGCUCAUCCGCGUGCUCCUCCCGGCUCUGCAGAGCACCCUUCUUGAACUCCGUGAAAUUACCGUCGUGAGCAACGAGGACAUCAAGACCUGGCCCCAACUGCUGGACCUACAUACCCAGGCUGUAUGGAUCAAGGCGCAAAAAAGCAAUGACACCCUGGCUCUGGACUCCGUCCUCACUGCUCGUGACAAUCUGCAUAGCUCUCAGUCCUCCAGCUACGCAGUAGCACCCGUCGAUAUCAGCAUGGAAGACCGGCGGGAAAGUACGGUUUGGACGCUCAAUCAAACCAUCUACUGGUCUCAACUGGAGUGCCGCAACAUUGCAGCACAUGACCACCUAUUUGUCUCCAUCAAUGACACAUCGAGCGAUCCGCCCAUUCUCUCGUGGGACGUAACGGGUGUGCAGCUGCAGGAUAUCCCCGGGACGAACGAGACAUGCACAUUAGACUUUCACUACAGCAAUAUUUUCUUUCCGACAACCGAUUACUUGCAGGUUCGGUACUGGGAGCCCGUGUGGAACAAUCAGUCGCAACCUGUCUACAGCCGUCGAAAGUCCUUUACCACUCAUGGCUGCGAUGACCCCUAUGAUUUAUAUGGAGUUGUCAUCUCGGUCAAUGCCACGGUGGCCGGAGCUAAUAGCAUCAGUCAGUUGGGCGCCGAGUUCACUUCAUCUGCCGGUAUCUUUGGCUGCAAGGUUGAAUAUCGACAGGCGGAGGCCAAGGUCUCCAUGCAUGCUAACAGCUCAAUUACAAACAUCUAUGGAUACCCCGAUACCGAACGGGAGUUGGGAACAGACCAGCUCAAUAUCGACGCUUUCCAGGAUCUCCUGGCCCAGCGAGCACCAUAUACGGGCGAUAUGUUGUUUAUCGAAUUAAAUGAGACUACUGGCGAUACUACAGUCACAGAGCUGCCUGUGAUUAGCCAAGACCUGGGCGACCUCGAGCCGCUUCUGGUCUUGGAUGCAUCGACCGUCAUGACGACGGACGAAUUCGAGAGCAAGGUCAAACGAAGUGUAGCAGAGACGUUCGUGCUUACAAUGAGUCGGCUCUUCAACCCUGACCAGAAUCCGACCAAUGUACCGGCCCAACGGGAGUCCACACAAGUCGCCAUCGCAGUCGUGUCGUUCGCCUCGUUGUCUUCUGAGGUGAUCUUGGCAAUCGCCAUCUGUCUCACCAUAUCUCUCCUCUACUUUUACGGAACCCGACCCAACAUCCUACAGAGUGACCCGAGCUCUAUUGGUGCCAUGUGUAGCAUGUUGACUGAUGUCUUCACGCCUUACAACAUCCUUGCGAAUCCUCAGCCAGAAUUUCACCAAUUCUCGACGCGGCAAUUACGUCAAGUCCUGCGAAACUGUUGGCUUCGAUGGCAACAGGGACCCAUGGGACCCCGACUCGAGAUUAUAACUGCAGACGGUUCUCCGGUCACUCUCAGUGAGCAACUACGGACACGUGUCGAUCCAAUGCCCCAUUUUUUGGUAAUACCCAUUUUCAUCAUCGAAUUUCUUCUCCUCGCUGCCGUCAUCGCUGUGAUGGGAGUGACGGCAGCUACUCUCGCCCACGACGGGAGUUUUCAACAUCUCUCCCAGUCCAGUUCCAGUUUUCUGCAGGCCAUAACUUCCUUUCUCCCAUCUGUUGUCGCAUCUUCCGUGGCGGCUCUAUGCAACUCGAUCCUUCGCAACAUCAGCAUUCUGGAGCCGUGGGUCCAUCUUCAGCGCGGCAUGGUGGCCGCCCAAACGUCGCUGUCCAUGAAUUAUGCGUCACAGAAUCCUUGGUCGAUCUUAAGAAAAGCCAUUCGGAAUCGACAUACCCUUCUAAGCCUCGUCUCACUUGCCUGUAUCGCUAACAUCCUGCUGACUGUUGUUGCCGGUGGUCUGUUCACGCAGAGACUGACGGAGUCCUAUCUGCCGUCAACAUCUCUUUACGUCAAUUACAGCAACUCCCGUUUCCUACGGACAGACUUCGCUCCGGACUUCACGGAGUUUGAUCUGAUCCAGAACAGCGCCACCAGCGGUGUACCAUUAUUGCCAUGGAUGUCUGCGAACUAUUCAUUUGCUCCGAUCAAGAAUACCGACUCGGACCCUGACCUGAUGUACGGGGCGACCACGCUCGGAAUCGGUAGUGAUCUGGACUGCAAAACCUUAGAGACAUCCCAGAACUUAAGAGAAGAAGGCCAGGAUACCUUUUUCGUCUAUCGACCCUCCCGUGAUGUCAGCCGGCAGUGUAGGGUUAACAUGACGUCGCUAGUGCGCCCCAGCGACGCCAUUGCCCUCUCCAUUCACUUUCUGUCCCCGGUGGCUGACACGGACACCGAUUUGUGUCAGAUGUCGACGGUGCUGGUGGUUGGACGGUGGAAUUAUACCUCGGAGUCACCUUUCACCGAUGACAACACCAUUGCACUCCAAUGUGAACCACAUGUGCAACUUCAAAAUUUCUCCGUGACCUUUGACCGUCGGGGUCAGAUAUCCGACAUAGACCCGAUUCCUGGCACGGAAACCACGUCAGGAACCAUGUAUGAAAAUGCGACGAUGGCUCUAGGCCAAUUUAACAAGGUCUUUGCCGCCAUCCCUCAGAGCUUCGUGGGGGAGGAACCGGGGCGGAACCGGUCUUAUGUUUCGUCUUAUGACUGGGCAGGGUUUCUCGUGGCCCGUCUCUACCGGCAGCACGAGAAGAUUGUUCCGCUCAACGCCUUGGAAUUGAUGACACAGUCGCAGGUUGUGUAUCAGUGGGUGUGGAGCACCUACUUCACGAUCUGGCGAAACAUGUAUCUGGUGCCCUUGGAUGAGGUUGUGUCGGCUGGUAAUGCCACGGAGAUCUCCAAUACGUGGACCAUGGUCCCGUCGGUGCCCUCGCUGGCCAUGGCGCUGGUGAUCAUUGCGCUAGACACGCUGGUCGUGUUAGUCGUCUUCGGCACCAGACGCGGUCGGUUUCGCGGGCCCCGGAUGCCACGAUCCAUUGGAGCGAUCAUUCCCUGGGUUGCGCACAGCCGCAUGCUGGGUGACUUUCGCAACACCUAUUCUUGGACCAAUGAGCAGCGGCGAGAGCAUCUGACUCGGCUCGACAAGCGAUAUGGUUUUCGGAUGUUCCUACAGGCGGAUGGGCGGUGGCGGUAUGCUGUCGACGAAGAGGCGGUUGGGCUGAUUGACAAACCACCAGAUGGAGGAACUGACGCGGCGAAAGGGUCGGAAGUGAUCGAGAUGCAGCCCAUUGGAGAUUCGAGAGUCGAGCCUGGGCCCGAUCAUCAUGAGUGA